AUGGCAACAUCACAUCAGCCAACCAUCAAAACAGCGGAUCUGUCAACCGAGAGACCUUGGCAAAUCCGAGAAACAGAGGAUAACGAUGAAGUUCACCAACCUGGGCCGGAGAUCCCCAGGAUUAGGGAGCACCUGGCAACCGAACUUGCGGCGAGUGCGAACCCUCAGGCCGAAGGAACAAAUAGCACGACUCUUCUGCACACCAUGUUCCACCUUCUUGACAGCAUCGAAAUGUGGCUGGAGGUAGCCGCUCAGCAGAAAGAACCCGGGUUCGAGGGUGGAAGACAAAGGGGCGAUCGUCGCGCCACCCUACCAGCUUCCAUGACACUUCAAGUACCCCCUGGACCCGCCAGAGGGGCCACCCGCUCCCCAUUCUCGCCCACUCGGACCGUCUUCUCGGCGGCAGCCUCAUCGAUCCAGGGAAACCGGCCUAGGCCCAGCGAGUACGAACGAUCGCUGGUGGAUCUCAGACGCAGCUUUGGCCUCGCGGCAAGUAGAUCCGAUCUCAUAGACGACGGCAUGGCGUGGAGUGGGCUUGGGAUCAACCGCCAACAUACCCCCACCCUGGCUAUCGUAAGCGAGCAUGUCGACCAGGAGCCUAGCGUAGCUCCCAAAAUGAGGCGGAGGAGAACGAUGGGAGCCUUUCCAGCAGAGCGGCCAGAGCCUCUCAAGACGAGACCACCUGCCCCGGAGCCAGCACAGGCUCAUGCUCCAGUAGUGGUCACGGUAUCAAACAGGCCACCAAAUCCGCGGCGAGCCUCUGCUCCUGUCCGAGCCAGGCCAGUGAGGAAGGAGGGCAGCGCCAGGAGCUCACCGUCCCGGUCGAAUAAUGAACACAAGUCAAAAAGACCACCGUCAGUACGCAGUGUCAGUGUGUCGAUCAGGCAAGAGUACGCAGACCUGGUUUCCCUUAUCGUGCACAACUGGCGACAGAGCCUCCUGCUCAAGCUCGAGUCGGCAAAGGAGCGCUACCGCGUCCGAGCAGAAGUCCCGCCCCCAGUGCACCCCGAAGCCGAACGUCAACGAAGGCGACUCGCGGAAAAGCCCCUACCUUCUCUGCCCUCAUCACCUCGAAGCUCUACAUCGGAGCCGAAACGUGUUCCUGAGCCGAAACGAAGAACAAAACCUAUUCGACGCCGUCCUGUAUCUGCUUACGUUUGA